GCGUUGCCCUAAACCCCAAACAAUUUCUCCAGGCACAGCGUAGAUGGAACAUACGAGCACUGUUUAACACACACACACACGCAAGCGGCGAGCCGGCGACCUGGCGGACUGGGCGCGACGACGAGCUCAACACGUUCGCGGCCACGGCUUGGGCCACGGUAUGUUUCUCUGAAGCCCGCGUCACAGGCGCGGGACCCCAUACAUCCGGAGCACGCGAUGUAUGCAUGCGCGAUGUACCCAUCGGUACCGUAUCGGUCACCUUCUGCGACAACCUGAUGGCUCUGGCGGACGGCGGACCUGGUCAUGGAGUACGGCCCGGUCGCCGAGGCAUACAGCGCGGCACUACCCUGCACCUACCCGGCCCGUGGACUGGCUCUCAUCGCCAUUGGUGAGCCGCUGGGCAGCAUGGUCAAUGGCUGCGUGGUCCCGGUGCCUAGCUCCUUGCCGACGGUCUUGAUGAUCUCAUGGAUUUUGGCCGCGGCUUUUCCGGCGGCCGCCAGCACGCUCAUCAACGCAAUCAUGUGGUACGCGUCGGCGGAGGUCAUCUUGACCUCAGCCGGCCCAAGGUCAACGCCCGGUGCCAGCAUGGUACCGGCACCUGCAUGACGCCGCCAAACAGAUUGCGCUGCAGUGCGACGGCAUGUUGGGGAGUUGGGGAGGCGGCGUCGUGGGGAGUUGGGACUGGGGAGCACCGUGGCUAAUAGCGGGGCUCAAGGGCUGGAGCAAGGGGGCGCAUCAUCAAGUGCAUUUUCUUGUAAUUGGGAUGCCCC